AUGGCGUUUGGACGGCAGCGAGCCGUCGCAGCCAUCGGGAUGCUCGUCCUCGCCGGGCUGGUGCUCAUGGCGGCGACUGGUUCGAAGAAGGCAUUCGAGUUGCUGGGGAUCAGCAACGGGAUGUCAGGGGACAUGCAGAACACGUUCGCAGGAAUCUCCGACGCUGACCAGUCGCCUGUGAUUCCGAAGGCGUUCAUGCAAGAGGAGAGUCAAUCGAAACGCAGGAUGAAGAGGUUGAAGUCAGCCUUGACAAAGUCGCUGAAGAUGUCGGAGAAUCUCGACGCUGCGGAGAAAGGGCUGAAAGAGUACGUCGCCUCCACGGUCUCAGAUGUCAAGAGGGAGGUUGUAGAGUUCAACACCAAGGAAUCUGAUGACAUCAAGGCACAAUAUCACGAGAUCCAAGGGCUCCCUGGACCACCCGGCCUACCAGGAAUGAAUGGUAACCCUGGCCUGAACGGACUUGACGGAGCAAGCGGUCCGCAAGGACCGCGGGGCAUCCAGGGACCUCCGGGGGUCAUGGGAGGGCCCGGAGAGCAAGGGCCGAUGGGUCUUGACGGUAACAAGACGGCAAGACUCCCAGCUCCCCCUGACCAUGGCCAAGGUGACCGAGGACAAGAGGGCUUGAUCGGCCCGAACGGCAUCUCGGGCCCCUCUGGGGCUGACGGGCUGCAGGGCUCUGGUGAGCAACCCGUCCUUGCCUCGCGCCCGCACUCACUCGCUGGCGAAGCCCCGGCAGAUGACGGCUGGACCCCCGGGCGGUACUUCUGCCCGGGGGGGGGCGACGCAUGGACGAGGCUGGUGGACUGUGACUUCAGCUCUUGUCGACUCGAGACGCACUACAACGGAGUUUGGGGAACCGUCUGCCUGUACGGCUUCACGCAGCUGUCGGCCCAAGUGGUGUGUCGUAGCCUUGGGUUUGAGGAAGGAGGAAAGGCCAUCAAGAAGGGAGGAGGACAAGGACCCAUAUGGCUCUCCCACGUUGCUUGCGCCGGAUCAGAGCUGGACAUCGGCGACUGUCCAAAGUCAUGUGGAGGCGAGGAGUGUACGCAUUCAGACGAUGUCGGCGUGUGCUGCUGGGGACUGAAUAACGACCAACUGGGAGAGCGCAAGAACGUGAGGCCGAUCUUCAAGACUGUCCGGCACUUGCGAGAGGAAUGCUACAUCCCCGACAAAUGCGUCGAGAGCUACAAGGAGGACAAGGUUGUUGUCAGAGGAAGCUGCUUGGAUCCGUUGGAUCCCGAAGAAGAGCCUUCCUGGUCUCAGAGCAUGCGUCAAGGGGAGUGGGAGAGAUUUGACAACGGGGAAUGCGAUGACAAUCAGGAGAUGUGCUGCUUGCACGAGUGCAAGCUGAACCCCAACGAAAUUGCCUCCCUCUCCAUCCCUGAGAAAUUUUCGGUCACUCUGUUCUCUGACAAGUACUUCCAAGGCAACAAGAUCACCUACGUAGGCCCUAGAGACAUCAACUGCUUGUCUUGGGAAGGCUGGAAGGAUCGCGCAAAGUCGAUGCUGAUCACCAGCGCUGUCAAGAGGCCUCGCUCGAGCUGGACUGUCCGCUUCUACGAAGCCGACGACACCUUACAAUACAUGCCUUCCCUGCUGGCUCUAUACCAUAUUGGAAGUACUACCAUCCCCUACAUCAACUUCCAGGGCACCAGCGAACUUCGCAAGCUCAAGUACUUCGAACAUCUUCCCUCCUCCAACUUCAUGGCCAUCUUCUACGGCAACGUCCUGGUGCAGAGGGGAGGCGAGUACCAGUGGUGCACAACCUCUUCGGACGGCUCCCAGCUGUGGAUCGACGGUAACUUGGUGGUGGACAACGACGGGAGGCACGAGGAAAAGCACGUGUGCGGUACUUACGAAGUCUCGAACGGUCUGGUGCCAGUGGAGGUCCGCGGCUUCUUGAGCACAGGGAACUUCGUGCUGCAUGCGUUCUGGAAGGGUCAUGACACUGGCGAGAACUUCAUGCUCUUGAGAAGUGAAGACGCGACAGGAAACCUGCCCAAAGAACCGAUGGAAUCAGACUGGGGAGUUCGAACCUUUAGCUCCCCCAAGGCUCUUCAUCAAAUCCCUGAUGUCCCGAUGGUCAAGAUGAUAGGUGAGCAGACAGGACUGGAAGAGGUGGACAUGGAGGACAUGAGCGAGCUUCAAUCCCUUAUCCCCAACACGCCCACAAACAACGUCCUCUGGAUCUUCUAUGGUUCACUGCUGGUGGUGAAGGCUGGGGACUACCAGAUCUGUACCACCUCCUCCGACGGCUCGCGCGUCCUGCUGGCAGGCCGCCUGCUCGUCGAGAACAACGGGGAGCACACGGAGCAUCGCGAGUGCGCUGUUACCCAGCUGGACGCUGGCUCGCACGAGCUGACGCUCGAGGGCUUCGUGGGCUCUGGCCGCCUGCAUGCUGAGCUGAGAUACAGUGGGCCUGACACAGGAGGAGCUGAGCUGCUCGUCAAAAGUCUGGGAUCCUCUGCUGGCAACUUGCCGAACCUUCCUAACAAGCCAUCCUCCUCGUUCCUCGUCCGCAUCUACCAGAGCCACGUGUCUAAGCUCGACUACACGCCAGCAUUGGGCCUGCUGCAGUUUGUGGGGCAAGGAAACAGCGAGUACAUCAACUUCUACGACAGGAGUGAAUUUCAGAGUAUCGUACCCUCAACGCCCGAGUACAACUACGUGUGGGCCGUGUAUGGUAAGCUCAGCGUGGGGGCGGCAGGAACAUACAGGAUGUGCGUGACGUCCAACGAGGGGUCACUCCUGUACGUCAAGGAGGUUCUGGUGGUUGACAACGACGGGUCGCAUGGGGCCCGGCAGGAGUGCGGCGAGCUGGAGCUGAGCAAGGGAUCGCACACGGUCUUCCUGACAGGCUUCAAGUACGAGGGCGACGCCUCCCUCAUCGCUCAGUACGCCGGGCCUGACACUGGCAACGUCUUGCGCUACCUCACUUGCUCCUCCGCCUGGGCUCCACAAAAGCCAGCGGCCUCCUCGUGGACUCUGCGGGUGUUCAAAGGCGCAGACCUCUACAACAUGGCAGACGCGUACUGGCGUUACCUCACCUAUGUAGGGCAGGGCAGCGUGCAAGACCUGUACUUCACCAGGACACAAGACUUCAAGCAGAUCGUCGGUGACACGCCUUCCUCGCAGUUCGCGUGGGUCUUCUAUGGGAUGGUGGAUAUCAAAGGGCCUGGUUCCUACACCUUCUGCUCCACCUCCGAGGACGGCUCCUUCCUCUACGUCGACAACCAGCUCGUCGCCAGCAAUGACGGCACGCACAACGUGCAGAGAAAGUGCGGAAGCAUCAGCCUUGCCGUCGGCAGCUUUGCCAUCCGCAUCGAGGGCUUCCUUCGCAGCGGAGAAGCCUACCAAGUCGCCACCUACUCGGGUCCAGACACAAGGAACUUGGAUCAGCGCAUGGUCAGCACACCCGUAGAGUCGCUCCCAGCCAUCCCUCCCCCAUCAAAGUGGACGAUGUACCUGUACAAGGCCUCCAGCUAUCUUUCUCGCGUGCCCGACAUGAGCUCGUUGCAAUUUGUUGACAAGGCUACCAUCUCCACCGUCUACUUCGGCGACCUAAAUGACCUCCGCAGGAUCAUCCCCUCAUGCCCUGAAGGCAACUACGCAUGGGCGGUGUACGGCAAGGUGCGGGUUACGGAGGAGGGCUCCUACUCCUUCUGCUCCACCUCUGACGACGGCUCCUACGUCUACGUGGACGGCAGGACGAUCUUAGAAAACGACUACGAGCAUCCCCCUAGGAAAGUUUGCGGCUCCAUCACCCUUUCAGCUGGGGAUCACAAGGUCCUGCUUACCGGGUACCAGGGCAAUGGUGGGGUGUACCAGCUUCUGACUUACAGCGGGCCGGACACGCGAGGAGUUGAGAGGAACGUUCCGAGUGUGGAUGGCACCAAGUUCUGA